AUGACCGGCUCGAUUCAUUUGUUCGGUCGUGACGGCCUGUCCAUAAUAGCAGCUCCUGGACCGGGAACAACCACGACUCCAUCCCUCACAGCCAAUCUCGUCUGCAGAGUGCUCUUCGGCAUAAUCGCCAACCUAGCAUGCAUAGUGCCUCUGAAAAACCUCUACCGCAACGGGGAAUUUGCAGCUGUUGUCUUCAUUGCCAACAUCGAAUUGGCGAAUCUCGACACAAUCAUCAACGCUCUCAUCUGGAGAGACGACGACACUAGCAAGUGGUGGUCCGGACAAGGAUUCUGCGAUGCCAGCCCUUAUUAUACCAACUUCUUGAAUGCAUUGUUUGGGGCUUGUCUGCUUGCCAUCAUGCGCAACCUCGCUCAGCAAGUUGGUCUUCUACGUGCUAAUCCUCUGUCUGUCCAAGAGAAGCGCCGGCGCAAUCUUGUUCAAGCACUCAUCAUGUUUCCGCUUCCCAUCAUGCAGAUUGCCUGGGUCUGGCCUUUGACUACACAGAGAUAUGCGGUAGCUACUCUUGUCGGGUGCAGUUGGAUUGCAUGGCCUGCCUGGCCUUACAUGACCUUCUUCGUCAUUGCUCCGGUUGUCGUUGCGCUGAUAACAUCCGGAUACGCUAUUCUCACUUAUAUCCGCUUUCGCCAAAUCGCAAGGACCACUCGGACAGCCAUUAACAGCAGCAGGUCUGCUAACCAGCGGGCUCAAAGGACAAAGCGCCGCCUCUAUCUCAUGGUAUUGGCCAUCUUGAUUCCCUAUCUGCCUGUUGUAAUCACUCUCGCCGUUCUCAACAUUCUCGGUGCUUUUCCACUUCAGCCCUUUGACUACGAUCUCAUUCACAACCGCACUUGGCCCUAUCCGUGGUCGGCUGUAAUCCUUGUCCCAUCCAACGGCUUCACCUUUAUACAUCUAAACAACUGCUACAUCGAUAUCCUCGCUGCCAUUCCUGUCGUCCUCUUCUUCGGUAUGACAAAGGACGCUAUCAACAGCUAUCGUCGCGGAUUGCUUUACUUUGGUCUUGGGCACUUAUUUCCCAAGCUCCAAGAGGAGUAUGAUCCUGACAGAACAACAUAUGGUAGCAGCUCUGGGACCUCUAACCUCAUGGAUUCCUCAUUCUCUACUACAUCCUCACUCCCGAAAAAGAUCAAAAGUCUUCUCGUCAGUCGCAACUUAACUACAACAUCGUCUGCGAGCCUCAACCCUGUCUCUCUGCAGCCCGCUCACAGCGCUACUACACCAGGAGUCGAGAUGGGACAUGAGUUGGGCUUAUUUUCGACCUCGCAAUCGCCUCGUCGAGAGAUAGUCUACCCUCCUCCUAUUGCUUCGCCUUCUACAGCCCCAAUCACUCUACCUCCUCGCAACCCCUUCCCAUUUCGAACUCGUUUCGACUUACCCAACAUUCCACUCCCAUCCUUGUCUUCUUUUAACUUCAGAAGAAAGAAGGAUCGUCGACCUCCUCUGGAUCGAGGCUUACCUCUUGAUUCCCUCCCUUCUGUCGUGAACGGUCGUAUGUGGGAGAGUAAGUCGCCUGCUCAACCUCCUCGCAGCCAAACACUUGUUUGGGCGGAUGCAGAAGACACACCAACUCCUGACGUCGUCACAUCCGACACUCGUCUAUUGGUCCCUAUGUCACCGACGUAUUUUGUCACGACUGAGCCCCUCAAGGAAACAUAUCGACGCUAG